CAGGAUUGCGUCCCUGCCCAUGACGAGCCGUGUCUGAGAGGCAUGCCGGAGAAGAGGGUGUCCCGCUGGUACUUCGGGGGCAUCGCGUCCUGCGGAGCCGCCUGCUGCACACACCCGCUAGACCUAAUCAAGGUGCACCUGCAGACGCAGCAGGAGGUCAAGCUGAGGAUGACGGGGAUGGCUGUUUCCGUGGUGCGCCACCAAGGGGUCCUGGCGCUCUACAGCGGCCUCAGUGCUUCCCUCUGCAGGCAGAUGUCAUACUCAAUGACCCGCUUUGCCAUCUAUGAGACGGUGCGCGACACGAUGACCAGCGGAAACCAGGGCCCGAUUCCGUUCUACCAGAAAGUACUGCUGGCGGCCUUUGGAGGGCUCAUUGGUGGUUUCAUAGGGACCCCAGCAGACAUGGUCAAUGUCAGGAUGCAGAAUGAUGUGAAGCUGCCACCACAACUCAGGAGAAACUAUGCACAUGUGCUGGAUGGACUCAUUCGAGUCUGGAAAGAAGAAGGAGUCAUGAAGCUUUUCUCUGGAGCCACGAUGGCAUCCAGCAGGGGGGCCAUGGUCACCGUGGGGCAGCUGUCCUGUUAUGACCAGGCGAAGCAGCUGGUCCUCGGCGCCGGGGUCAUGUCCGACAACAUCGCCACCCACUUCCUGGCCAGUCUGAUCGCAGGUGGCUGUGCUACCGUCCUGUGUCAGCCGCUCGACGUGAUGAAGACUCGACUGAUGAAUUCUAAUGGAGAAUAUAGGGGAGUCGUUCACUGUUUGAGGGACACAGCUCGACUGGGACCGCUGGCUUUCUACAAGGGUCUGGUUCCCGCUGGAAUCCGACUCAUCCCCCACACAGUUCUCACCUUCGUCUUCCUUGAGCAGCUACGCAUCCACUUCGGCAUCCUCGUCGUCACAUGACCUCCCGGGCUCCUCCCCACGACCCACCCAGCCUGUCCUCGGUCUGCCUCCGAAUCACUCCCCAGGGCACUGGGGGCCUGCCGCUAUAAUUGGAAAUUCCAAACUGAAAAUACAGAAGAUAGACAAUGGCUACGUUAAUUUCCCAGAUCCGUCCCUGGAAGAUUCCACGGGAGAGAUGCCACUACAGGCAUUUAUUGCCAGGCAGACAGGAUUACUCUUUGGUUGCCUUGGGGUCAACCUGGGUCAACCUUCACCUCGGCGCCACUUACGCCUUGGAUUCCAGUCACAUGAUGGAUUCCGUUACCAGCACCAACCUCUGUCUCAGACCUCUGCCAACUUCCUAAUCUGUUUUCUUAGGAAAAUAAUGCAAGAUUGCCUCUGUUUGGUGAUAUGAUUCCGGAAUCUCGUGACACUACCUAGUAUCUACAAACCUUUCCAGUCCUUCAAACUUCUGUUCAUUAAACGUAUCAUGCAAUCUCUCCCUUUAUAAGUCCAUUUUCUAAAUGGACUGUCUGUUAAUAUUGUCAGCAUGUCAUUAUGAAAGUAGACCUGUAGGGGGCGUUGGGGUUCAGUGCAGAUGCCCGGGCUUUCUGUGUGGGCUUGGUGAACAAUGUGCGUUUCAGACCAGGCUGCCUAUCUCUCCCUUUGAUCGGCCUGGCCCCUGUUCUAGCAGCUUCAGUGAUGCUCACCUCUCUGUCACAGUGCAGAAGGUCCUCUGGGCAUCAGAGUUGUUGAGCCCAGGUCUUGUUGGUGACCAUCUAAGGAAAGAUAGAUGUGUGGUCUGGAGCUUAUCAGUACAAUUAUGUACUUGUCUGUGUCACGAUAAAGGUCAUAUAUGCAACAGAUAAACACACUUAUGCCAGAGGCGUUGUCUCACUGGUGGGUGUAUCAAUGUCUGAAAAUUGUUUAUGUCUGUGAUGUUUAAGCCCUUUUUAAACACUCCUGAGACAUACAGUGUUAAUGGGAUUCUUGCUCUCGUUGACACAUGACUGUAUUUCCAAGUCAGGUGAUUUUCACACCAUGUGCAUGACAGCUAAUUUGGAGAGCAGGUAGACUCUGGACAGCUUAGAGAACAGGAACAUUCUGGAACAUUCUGAUUUGCUCUGUCUUUGGCUUCAGUUUUGGAACUAAAGUGAUUUAGAGAAUACAGUGAGUAGUGGUAUUCUGUCUGCUUUCACACGAACCCCGUUUGGUGUCCUGGUCUAUGAAGCACUACGGCGGACGCUGGCUAGAUUCUCUGACACCCUGUCACCCCUCGGUCACCCCACCUUACUUUGUCACAGCAUUACCUGGAAGGCAGAACAACAAUCAUUUAAAAACCCCGGCUUUGGCAGAAAUUCAGGUACAUCAUUUCAUUUAGAGGGAAUCGGCAGGACUUACCAGCUGCUCUGUAUAUAAACCUUUUUUUCUCCCCAAACAGCUGCAGAUUUUAUCGUUAAAGAUCAAAGAAUCCUGUUAAUUUAUCUUCUUUUUUUGACGGGGGAGCUUACAUUUCACACUGUCGUAUUUACAAGACUGGUCCUCCUCGUAAGAUUAAUUAUGGCCAAAUUAUGCAGCCGGCACAUUGCAAAGCAUAAAGACACUUUAACCCCAGCAUUCUUUUUUUUUUUAAUUGGGCCCGAUUUACCCGAAAAAAAGCAAACAGACUGGGAACACGCUGUAGCCAAAAUGGCGGAGCGUCAAAGAAAAAUUAAUGCUUGGAAAAUCUAUGAAGAGAGAGGCCAGAGGAAAGCAAACUGUGAUUGGAAGAUGAAUUUUUGGUCAGUUUUCUUGAAAAGCUACCAAAACUAUGAAAAGGUCAGUGUCUCUUGAUUUUAGCAGGCAGUAAUGUAACAUAGAUACGUUAAAAAUUGACUGGAUAUGUUAAAUAUUUAAUGUUAAAUCAGUUUUUUUGAAGGCUGCCUUUGUUAGUGAGAGUCACUGAACCUCUAACCAGCGUUAAUGACUCAAACUAACCCCACUUUCCACAUUCUGCUAUAAAUGUAGAUCCCAUUAAACGAAUUCCAAAGGUA